UACUGUUUACACUUGCCUGGGCUUUUUGACAGUAAAGAGGAGUGCGCAGUUUUUGUUGGCAAGAGUUGCGUAGUAGACAGUGACCUGUCUUCUUAAAAUAUCGGACAAUGGACUCCGGCCGCGAAAUACAGAUACCGAGCCGUCUCCCGCUGCUGCUGACCCAUGAAGGGGUGCUCCUCCCGGGCUCCACCGUCAGGUUCAGCGUGGACUCUCCGCGGAACAUGCACCUGGUCAGCCAGCGGCUGUUGAAGGGCACUUCUCUGAAAAGCACAAUCAUAGGAGUGAUUCCCAACACCAGAGACCCAGAGCACGACACCGACGACCUCCCCACCUUGCAUAAAAUUGGUACAGCGGGGAUAGCAGUGCAGGUGGUGGGCAGCAACUGGCCGAAGCCCCACUACACCCUCCUUAUCACAGGAUUGUGCCGCUUUAGUGUGUCAAGUCUGCUUAAGGAGCGGCCCUUUGUCCUGGCAGAGGUGCAGCAAUUGGAUAAACUGGAGCAGUACACAACCCCAGCAACAGAGGGUGUCCCAGCAGAAGAAGGAGAGCUGGGCGAGCUGUCCCACAAGUUCUACCAAGCUGCUGUACAGUUGUUAGGUAUGUUGGACAUGUCCGUUCCAGUGGUGGCUAAGUUCAGGCGUCUGUUGGACAGUCUGCCCAGGGAAGCUCUGCCUGAUGUGUUAGCCUCCAUGAUCCGCACCUCAAACAAGGAGAAACUACAGGUCCUGGAUGCGGUGACUUUGGAGGAGCGAUUUAAGAAGGCUCUGCCCAUGUUGACCAGACAGAUAGAGGGACUAAAACUGAUAAAGAAGUCUAGGAAAAUAGGUCCUGACAAUGAGAAAAGGGUGCUAUCGGUGCGUAAAGGUGGAGUGUUCCCGGGCCGGCAGUUCAACCUGGAUGAGGAAGAUGAAGAUGAGGAUGGUGAUGACACUGCAGCCUUAGAAAGGAAAAUCCACGGGGCCAAGAUGUCUGAAGCUGCACUUAGAGUUUGCCUCAAAGAGCUCAAGAGGUUGAAGAAGAUGCCUCAGUCUAUGCCUGAGUAUGCCCUGACCAGAAACUACUUGGAUCUGAUGGUAGAGUUGCCAUGGAGCAAAAGCACCAAAGACUGCCUGGACAUCCGAGCCGCUCGCACUCUGUUGGACAACGAUCACUAUGCCAUGGACAAGCUAAAGAGACGCGUGCUGGAGUACCUGGCUGUUAGACAGCUGAAGACUUCCCUGAAGGGACCAAUCCUCUGUUUUGUGGGGCCUCCAGGAGUUGGUAAGACCAGUGUGGGACGCUCCAUAGCCAGGACUUUGGGCAGAGAGUUUCACCGCAUCGCUUUGGGAGGCGUCUGUGACCAGUCUGACAUCCGUGGACACAGACGCACAUAUGUAGGAAGCAUGCCCGGUCGCAUCAUCAACGGUUUGAAGACAGUGGCUGUAAAUAAUCCUGUGUUCCUCCUGGAUGAGGUGGACAAACUGGGGAAGAGCCUACAAGGAGAUCCUGCAGCUGCACUGCUAGAGGUCCUGGAUCCAGAGCAGAACCACAGCUUCACAGACCAUUACCUCAAUGUGGCCUUUGACCUCUCCCAAGUGCUCUUUAUUGCCACUGCAAAUACCACAGCAACAAUUCCCCCUGCUCUGUUGGACAGGAUGGAGGUGCUGCAGGUUCCAGGCUACACUCAAGAAGAGAAGGUGGAGAUAGCUCAUCGUCACCUGAUCCCAAAUCAGCUGGAGCAGCAUGGAUUAACACCCCAACAGCUGCAUAUACCACAGGACACCACACAGCAUAUAAUCAGCAGUUAUACUCGCGAGGCGGGUGUGCGCUCCUUAGAGAGGAAGUUUGGGGCGAUCUGCCGAGCCGUGGCUGUGAAAGUUGCUGAAGGCCACAGAGUCACCAAGACAGAGGCUUCCACCCCCGAGGACCCGACACAGCAGGAGGACAAGGCAGUGCCCCCCGAGCUUCCCAUAGUGAUCGACCACGUCGCCCUGAAAGACAUCCUGGGACCUCCGCUGUUUGAAAUGGAGGUGUCUGAGAGGCUCACCCUGCCCGGUGUGGCUGUGGGCCUGGCCUGGACCCCCCUCGGUGGGGAGAUCCUGUUUGUGGAGGCCAGUCGAAUGGAGGGAGAAGGUCAGCUAACUUUAACCGGUCAGCUGGGAGACGUUAUGAAAGAAUCCGCGCAUUUGGCUAUCAGCUGGCUCAGGGCUAACGCUAAAACCUACCAGCUCACCAACAUGGUGGGAGGUCCAGACCCGCUAGAAGCAACAGACAUCCACCUCCACUUCCCUGCUGGAGCUGUCACCAAGGACGGCCCUUCUGCGGGUGUUACCAUAGUAACCUGCCUAGCCUCGCUGUUUAGCGGCCGAUUGGUGAGAUCAGACGUUGCCAUGACAGGAGAGAUCACCUUAAGAGGGCUGGUGCUGCCGGUGGGCGGAAUCAAGGACAAGGUCCUGGCGGCCCACAGGGCAGGAGUGAAGCGCGUCAUUCUCCCUAAACGCAACGAGAAGGACCUGGAAGAGCUCCCAGCUAACGUCCGAGCCGACCUCGACUUUGUCACGGCUGCGAACCUGGACCAGGUCCUGAACGCUGCCUUUGAUGGAGGGUUUCCAGGGACAGCCAGCACCCACACGCACCCUCAGCUUAGCAGCAAACUGUAACCCGCUGAUAAAACACACACACACACACUAUUCACGUUCAAAGGAUUACUUUCCUAUUGAAGAGAUAAUUUGAGGGAAAUCAAGCUACAAUUCAGAGUCAAGCCCUGUGAGAGGAUUCAGUUAAAAUGUCCAUGGACAAUGUUACAGGUAAAGCAUCGUUGUUAUUCACAUAUUGGCUCUAUAGCCAUUCACAGCCAAGACUCCAUCCAGGUCACAGCCACCACUGCAUGUAAUCAUGUUGGUGCCUUUAAGUGUUCAGCCUUAGUUUUUCUAGACUGGCAUCUAUUUUUUUCUUGGAUAUUUACAUUAUAUUAACAGUACUGCUAUGGCCAUGUCAAGUGGAUGUGAGCUUAUUAAAGCCUCAACACAUUGGUGAG